UCCUGGCGUCGACGCUAUUCGAUGGGAACACCGGACAAAAACAGAGACGGAGGAAAUAGGUCCUCGCAUUCCUUUAAAAAAAGCCCCUCUCCUUGGUGUUUCCAUGUGAACUGCUGCUACAAAAACACGUUGACGGUAGGAGGGAUGUGGGACCUGCUGCUCAGGCCUCUGAAAUGUCUCCAGGAAAAGUGAUCUGUGGAUGAUGCAGUGAGUCAGAAGGAAAAAAACCAAAGUCAUCAAAUUCAGGCAAAAUAUAUCCCAAAGAGCAACCUCUUCCAGUUGACAUAGAAGCAAGACUUCUGCCAAGUCAGCUGCUGCCAAGUCAGCUGCUGCCAUGUUGAUGCCAGGGCCACUGUGGUUGUGGCUGUCACUGGCAUGGGUUGGAAGCUGCGGCUCUCACAGCCUGUUCACCUGUGAGCCCAUCAAAGUGCAUCGGUGCCUCGGUAUGCCCUACAACAUGACUUUCUUUCCUAACAUGAUGGAUCACUACGACCAGGAAAUCGCAGCUAGCAAAAUGGAGCCGUUUAUGCCCCUAGCAAGCCUACAGUGCUCACCGGACGUCCACCACUUCCUGUGCCAAGCCUUUAUCCCGGCGUGCAGCGAGGAGAACCGGGUGAUCCGCCCAUGCAGGGAAAAGUGUGAGGCCGUCCUGUCCGACUGCGAGGAGAACAUUCGCAUUUUUGGCAUCACCUGGCCUCCUGAGCUACAGUGCAGCAAAUUGAAACCUUGCGGGUUGGACGGUUCCGCCCUGCCCUCCACCACCCCGGUGACCCCUUCGUCCCUGAAGAGAGACCUCGGCUUCUGGUGCCCGCUGCAGCUGAAGACCAAGCCGGGCCACGGCUCCUCGUUCCUCGGCGCCCAGGACUGCGCCCCGCCCUGCUCCAACAUGUACUUCAGGCCUCACGACAUCGAGUUCGCCAAGAGCUUCAUCGGCGUGUGCUCCAUCAUCUGCCUGGGCGCCACGCUCUUCACCUUCCUCACGUUCCUCAUCGACGUCAAGCGCUUUCGAUACCCGGAGCGUCCCAUAAUCUUCUACGCCGUCUGCUACAGCUUCGUCUCCCUCAUAUACUUCCUCGGCUUCCUGAUCGGAAACAACGCCGCCUGCACCAAGGCGGAUCACCACGGCGCGGUGGAAACCGUGAUGCUGGGCUCGCACAGCAAAGGCUGCACUCUGCUUUUUAUGCUACUUUAUUUCUUCACAAUGGCGGGGAUCGUCUGGUGGGUCAUACUCACCAUCACCUGGUUCCUGGCAGCUGGACCCAAAUGGAGCUGCGAGGCUAUCGAGAAGAAAGCGGUGUGGUUCCACACCGCCGCCUGGGGAAUCCCCGGCGCGCUAACUGUCAUGCUGUUGGCCCUGAACAAGGUCGAAGGAGAUAACAUUAGCGGUGUCUGCUUCGUGGGGCUGUACGACCUCGACGCGCUGCGGUACUUCGUGCUCGCCCCUCUGUGCGUGGGCGUCGUGGUGGGCCUCUUCCUCAUCCUGGCGGGCAUCGUCUCUCUCAACCACGUCAGGCAGGUGAUCCAGCACGACGAGCGCAACCAAGAGAAGCUCAAGAAGUUCAUGAUCCGGAUUGGCGUGUUCAGCUGCCUCUACCUGGUCCCGCUGGUCACCCUGCUAGCUUGCUACACCUACGAGCAGAGCCACCGCAGCUCCUGGGAGAACACCUGGAUCAAUGACAGGUGUCAAGAGUAUAGCAUCCCCUGCUCCCACAAGGCCACGGAGCUCCACCGUCCCGACCUCUCUCUGUUUCUCGUGAAAUACCUGAUGACGCUGGUGGUCGGGAUAUCUGCCGUGUUCUGGGUCAGCAGCAAAAAGACCUGUUCCGAGUGGGCGUACUUUUUCAAACGAAACCGCAAAAGAGACCCCAUAAGCGAGAGCCGCCGGGUCCUCCAGGAGUCCUGCGAGUUCUUCCUGAAACACAACAGCCGCGUCCAGCACAAGAAGAAGCACUACAAACCCACCUCCCACAAGCUCAAAGUCAUCUCAAAGUCUAUGGGCACGAGCACCGCCAUCUCUCCCGCCAGCACCACGCACCAAGGCUCCUCUGUGUUCGGCAACCAUGAGCCGCACGCGAGGGGCUCCCUGUCCGAGACCUCUGCCAGGGAGCACCUGGACCGCAGCGCCUCCGGCCGAAGCUCCAGGAGGGAGCGGGAGAGGGAGAGAGAGGGCGGGGAGAGGCGCAGCAAAGGUGGGAGCUCCAGUAAGGUCAGCAGCCGCUCGGAGAGCAUGAACAGAGUAGCAGACGGCAGAAUGACUCCAAAAAGCGAGCUGUCAGACGCCAGACAAGCUACAAGUGGACAACAGCAGCAGCAGCAUCUGACUUUGAACCAAUCACACAGCAGCAUUCUGGACUCCGCCCACCAGAAGGUGGACAAGGCAUCAGAGGAGAGUAAGGACCCAAAAGAAAUCUAAGCUAAAAAAAUGUUUCCUGUUCAGUCUUCCAGCUGAUGGUGGCUUAAAGGUCUUUUAAGUUGUAUCCAGUGAAUGUUUAGCAAACAUCAGCUGGUUUGUUGGACCAGAUAUGUGUAGGAUUUAGACUGCAGCUGCUCAAGGUGAUGAUGACUGCGUGUUCCAGCUUUACCGAUCUUUUAGUCCGAAUGUUGAAGAACACGGCUGGAUCUCAACCAGGCUACUACCAAUGGACUUUUAGGAACAUCGCGUACAUCACAAACACUUUUUAGAGAUUUUAGUUAAACAGCAUUCAAUUCCUUAAAAAAAAAAAAAAACAA